ACCCCUUUGAGGUGUUUCUGGAACAGCAGAAGCCUCUAGGCCAGAUCCCAUGGUCCCCAUCAGAUCCCACUGCAUUCAUGCCACAGAGCCACAGGGUUUCUCUUUGGAAUCUGUUCGGCGUUUUGUUUUUAUCUCUUUUGCAUUUUGUCUUCCAGAGUGGAACACUUAAGGAUCCGGACUCGAGCAAGACCCCACCUCAGCGGCCAGCCCCCCAAGGGGGCCCUGGGCAACCCCAAGGAAUGCAACCCCCAGGCAAGGUGAUGCCUCCACGCCGGCCUCCCCCUGGACCAUCACUGCCACCUUCCUCCUCUUCCUCCUCCUCCUCUUCUUCCUCCACCACCCACGGAGAUGCACCCUCCAGCAGCAGCUCCCUGGCAGAGGCCCAGCCACCCCCGGCUGCUCCACCACAGAAGCCCCAGCCUCACCCACAGCUCAACAAGUCGCAGUCCCUGACAAAUGCCUUCAGCUUCUCUGAGUCCUCCUUCUUCCAGUCUUCAGCCAAUGAGGAUGAAGCCAAAGCGGAGACCAUCCGGAGCUUGAGGAAGUCCUUUGCCAGCCUCUUUUCAGAUUAGCUCUCCAGAUACACGGGGGCACCUAGCCCAACCGGGAAAGGCAUCUGAGACAUUUGCCAAUAGUCAGCCACGCUUGGUGAUGUCCCAUGACCUUGACGUGUGUGGUCCCUUCCUCUGCUCCUUUGUGCUAAGUGACAUUGUGCAGCUCAGAAAAGACCAUGUGAAAGUCUCAGGGCAGGCGCCUAACCAGCAAGGGGCACCUGACAGAGAGAAUAGAGCUGCUUUCCCGUAGUCCUGAGAGUUUCCUCUGAGGUCAUUGUUUGCUGUGAGUGUAGUGGCCUUAUUGUGACAGUGUCCUCAUGUCUUAUUCUUCUUCACGAAACCAGGAUUCCCUUCACUGAGGACUCUUGGUAGCUUAACCUAGCUCAGAAGCAGUGCUAAGCAUGCCUCCGCUUUAGUCAGUGCUGCCUGUUUGGGGAGCACAUACUUACCCAAAAAUGCUCUUGGCUCUAAGUGUUAGGAACCUACCCACACUUGGAUCCCUUGUCACAUCUGUUUACCUGUUUAAAACACACCUGCCCAACACAAGAGAUUCCUCAACUGCUAUCAUGGUAAAGUACCUUUAGUCUGUUGACACUGGAGAGAACAAGGAUCUGCAGUACCCCCCACCCCACCUUUUCUCUCCUCCGGAGAGCAGUUCUUAUGUGCGUGCUGCAGUGAUCUCGAGCUCCGAAGCUGCACUGUAGGGAAUGCAUGCCACUGUAACAGCAGUAUACCAAGUUUUGUGUUCAUCUCCAAAUAAAUGUUAAGACCUUUGGUGUAAUAAAAGCAGCAGCAUUAACCAGCAUUUGAUUCAGCCAUGAGGUCUCCCCUAGGCCACCCUUUUGGCUGAGAGAGUAUAUGUGAGGCAUAUGUAUGUGCUUGCAAGCGUAGGGAAGGGAAAUGUCUAGGAGAGUGAAGCUGUUUGUGCCAGUAUGCUUGUGAAUGUAUUUAUGUGUGAGUGGCUAUUUGCAAGUGGUUGAGAGUAUGGCUAUCCUUUAGAUGUCACUUAUGCUGGGCCUCCUGACAUCUGGUGAAUGUCCCUGCAAGACAACUGAAGUUCCUUUGGUUACUAGCAUUUCUAGCAAUUUUACUGAAUUUGUAGCCUUUCUAGUAAGCAUAGCACCCUUGUUCCUGUGGCAGCCAAGUUAGAUCUACUUGUCUGGUCCAUCAAGCUCCUCAGCUAAAGCCACAUGGGGGUGCCAAUGAGGCUGGACAGACCCGCUCUGAUGAGUGGUGUCCCACAAGCCUGGCCUCAGGCAUCCUAAAGAGGUCUGCGAUUGAGAGUGGGCUCAGAGGGACUUCACUCUGGCUUCUUCACAGCUCACACAAGAGUAGGUUACUGAAGACCACAAGUCCUGUGAAGAUAAGCACCACAUCUGCACUAAUAAAUGGAAACCAGUGUAUUAACGUUAUAUCUAUAUAAUUUCCCACACAUACCCAUCCUAACUCAACAAAAUAACACUCAGCCAAAUGCCACUAUCUUGCUAACCCUCCUCACAAGCAAUAGAUGCUGAGAGGCCAGAGCGUGAAGUUCUCUGGCACCAGGGUCUCCUUUCUAACUCAGCCCAUGAUUUCAGGGUUCAAGGAUCCAGAACUCUACCUUCUUCUACACUUAAAAAACAGGAAGUAGGACUUCCUUUGAGUGGCUCCAGGGGUGGAGGGGGUGGCAGCCUUUCCCUCAACAACACACGUAGCUAGGGAACAAACUAUUAAACCAAACAAAAAGGUGAGGGACAGGGAACUCCCUAUGCUCCAGGGAAUUGAUCUUCAGGGUUCCUUCUAUUUCCACCCAAGAGUCUGGCACUUGUGGUCACUUCUGCCCUCCCGAUUCUAGAAAUGUUUAGUAGAAUGCAUUCAUUUCAUCAAAAAGCAUUUAUUGAGCACUUACUAUGAGCAUAAACAUUGUGAUGGAGUCAAAAAAUGUUUACUAACAGUUUCAUAGUGCUUACCAAGUUUAGGCACCAUUCUAAGCACUUAACAUAUACCAAUUCAUUUAUUCCCUCCAAGCAUCCUGUAUUAUAAGUACUAGUACUAUUUUAUAAAUGAAGAAAUGGAGGCACAUCAGGAUUCAAUAACUUGCUCAAAUUCACCCAGCUAGCAUGCAGUGGAGCUGGGGUUUGAGCCCAAGCAGUAUAGCAGCAUAACUCAUGGCCUUGACAACGUUGCUAUAUUAUUUUUUAUUUAAUCUAGCAAAGGAAACAAAAUAAUUUUAUUAAAUUGUACAUAAUGUAAAAGCAAAAUAAGAGAUAUACACAAAAAUUCUUCAUACCCAUAUCUUCCUCCUUCCUUUACCUUCUCUCUAUCCAUUGGUCCCAGGAACGGAGCAGUGGGAGAAGGUCAGAGAACUUGUAGCAGUGUUGACCCCUUGCCCUAGAACCAUGAGUAACAUACACAAUGUAUCUUAAUCUGAUUGAAUAUAGUUCUGGUUCUUAAAAAAUUGCUCAUUCUUCCACAUGUGAUGUCAGACCAAAAACCACAAGUGGCUUAUUUAGAAAAUGAGUCAACCAGGAACUGCUAGGGUGACAAAAAGGGGAGGCAUUUACCAUAGGUCAUGUAGCACCCUAGUCCAAAGGACACAUGGAUUCUACUCAACCCUUAGUAAUGGGGUGGGGCCAGAGGUGGGG